AUGGCGUCUUCCUCGUCUGGAGGGCUUCCUGCAAAGCCACCAUCUACCUCGUACUGGAAGGGGAAGGCGCGAGCUAUUGAGAACGACUUCGACGACCUGAACCCGACGAUUACCUACCGGCACCUCCUGUCCUCGAACCUUGGUGUGCGCGACCCGCUCCGUGUCGUCGCGCUUUGUGACAGCGACGCGUUCUAUGCCGCCUGCGAGCAGGUUCGGCUUGGCGUCGACCCGACGCUGCCCCUGGUCGUGCAGCAGUGGGACUCGCUCAUCGCCGUGAACUACCCCGCGCGCAAGUAUGGGAUCUCGCGCAUGGACAAGAUCAAGGACGCGAAGAAGAGGUGCCCCAAUCUUGUGGUCGUGCACGUAGCGACGUACAAGGAGGGCGAGGCGGAGCCGGGGUACUGGGAGAACCCGGAUACGCGGACGCACAAGGUGUCGCUGGAUCAUUAUCGGAGGGAGAGCAUGAAGAUCAUUGAGCUGUUCAAGGAGGGGCUGCCGAACGGGGAGGUUGAGAAGGCGUCCAUAGAUGAGGCGUUCAUUGACUUCACUCGACCGGUCCGGGAAGAGCUCCUGAGAAGAUAUCCACAUCUCGCCAGUGUACCAGCAGACGCGCCGAAUGGCAUGGAUACCCCUUUGCCUCCGCCGCCACCGGUAUCCUGGGAGAACAAGGGUACAGUCGUCCCGGUGUUUCCUCGGAAAGAGAGACCGGAAGAGAAGACAGACAGCUCGCCAAGUGGUGAUGCUAUUGAAGGCGAACCCAAUGUCGAAGGUGGCUCGAAGACUCCAGAGCUGGAAGGCGAAGAUGACGCCGUAGAAGAAGACGAUGAAAACACGACCUGGCACGAUGUCGCAUUGUCGAUUGCUGCCGAGCUUAUGAUGCGUAUACGAGAAGAUAUUCGAACGAAGCUGGGAUAUACCACUUCCGCCGGCCUUGCUAGGAAUAAAUUCCUUGCCAAGCUCACAGCGUCUUACAAGAAACCGAUGAACCAGACCAUCCUACGCAACGCCGCCAUCCCCAAUUACCUCAGACCUAUGCCGUUCCAGAAGAUUAGGUUCUUGGGCGGUAAACUUGGCAAGGCUCUUGCAGAAGAGUACGACGUCUCCACCGUGAGCGACCUGCUGACGAUUAGUCUCGAGGAAAUGCAACGGAAAUUCGGAGAGAAUUCGAUCUGGGUCUACGAGAUCCUGCGUGGGAUCGACCGAACUGAAGUUAAGGAGAAGUCUGCGGUCAACAAGAGCAUGUUAGCAUCCAAGAACCUCCCGCAGCCCAUCACGAAAGCCGCUGAAGGGUACCAUUGGAUCCGUGUCCUCGCAGCAGAGCUAGCGCUGCGUCUCAAUGAAGCACGAGAUAGCAAUCCUGCACUGUGGCCGAAGACUAUCGUCCUACAUAUCCGUCGAGGCUAUGAGACCAUGCGCUCAAAGCAAACCCCUUUCCCGUUCACGAGGAGCGUGACGGUUGACGUGAUCGCCUCCUUCGGAGAUAAAUUAUGGAAGGAACUCGUGGGGACUGCUGGGUCGACCCCGUUCAAGAUCACCAACGUCCAGCUGUCGUUCUCCGGGAUCGGGACCAUGGAAGCCGGGCAACGCACUAUCGAAGGCUUCCUCUCAGCACGCACAGCGUGCGAUGAACAGAUUCCUUCCGGCGCUGCAAUCGGUGAUUUUAGCAAACCGUCUUCUAAGCGUGCGAUCAGUGACGACAGCAUAUCACCCUCGAAGCGCCAGCGGUCCGACUCGAGCAUAGAUGGCUUCGAGGAGGUGGAUAAUAGCCCACGCAAGACCAAGGAUCGUCACACUCCUGUAUCAAACCCGAAGUUAGCAGAGCACACGCGAGACGAGCGGUACUCCUUUUUGUGCGACAAGUGCCGGCAGCGAAUUUGGCUAUCGAACGCGCCAGCAAGAUCAGGCGCGGCGGAUGAUGCGGAUGGGACGACUCAUGCUGGUGGUGCGGAGGGGCCCGCAGGGAUCGGGACGCUUGACGACGCGAUCAGGGAAGAUGCCCUGUCGGCCCUGCGCCUCGAGCACGCUGAUUUUCAUUACGCCGAGGAGCUGGCGGCUGCAGGAGAUGUCGAGUUGCCUAAGCGCGUCAUCCGGCCAGCAGACAGGCCGACGUCAACUGCUAAAAAGCGACAGAAGAAGGUGGCGGAGCAGGGGAUUGCGAAGUUCUUUAGCAAGAGGUGAUACUCCGGGUGCCCUGUACGUGUGAGCUGGAAACGGAUAUGUGGUUAUGGCUUGAUGUAGUUCUUAUAAGCAGUCCACGAUGUGGCACGGAGCGAC